UUCGGUCGCUCGCGGUGCAGGGAAACAAAAAAGCACCAUGCCCCCGUGGCCAAUCGGACCAGCAGCCUGCCCCCUCCGAUUGUGGUGGUUGUGGCAGGCCCCCCGCAAGUGGGCAAAACUACCCUCAUCCGCUCCCUUGUCAAGCGCUACGCUAAACGUACCCUCAACACCAUUCAGGGUCCCAUCACCGUCGUGGCAGGUAAAAAUCGUCGCCUUACCUUUAUCGAGUGUCCCAAUGACAUCAACUCGAUGAUUGAUCUGGGCAAGAUUGCCGACCUGGUUCUUCUGCUCGUCGAUGGCAGCUUUGGUUUUGAAAUGGAAACUUUCGAGUUUCUCAACAUUCUUCAGACGCACGGUUUUCCCAAGGUCAUGGGUGUCCUGACGCAUUUGGAUCGACUCAGUACGGCCCGACAACUGCGCAAGGUCAAGAAGGAACUGAAACAACGCUUCUGGACCGAAAUCUACCAGGGUGCCAAACUGUUCUACUUCAGCGGCAUCUCCCACGGCAUGUACCCCGUCACCGAGGUCAACAACCUCACUCGCUUCAUUUCCGUGGUCAAGUUCCGGCCUCUUUUGUGGCGCAAUGCCCACAGCUACGUCGUGGCUGACCGCUUGGAGGACAUUACUGAUCCCGAAGAUGUGAGGCGGGACCGCAAGGUGGACCGACGCGUGGCCGUCUUUGGUUAUGUGCGCGGUACUCAUCUCAAAGAAGGCAUGCGGGUACACGUCCCGGGUUGUGGUGAUCUCGCCAUGGAAUCAAUCCAGUUGCUGGCAGACCCCUGUCCUCCUCCUCAAACCGAUCAGGAUGUCAAGAAGAAGCGUCGUCUCGAUGAUCGUGACAAGCUCAUUUAUGCCCCCAUGUCUGACGUUGGUGGCAUCCUUUACGACCAAGAUGCCGUCUUUGUGGAGAUGCCUCAUCUGGACAAGAAGAGCCAUGGUUCUAGCUCUGCCAUGGAGAAUGAGUUUGGCAUCACCGAUACUCGUGAGCAGUUGAUCCAUGACCUUAAAACACACGACCUGGUCCCUCCACCCCUGGGUGAGGAGCGCGAUGAGGAUGCACGCCUUCUUGGCCAUUCCAACGAAGACAACGUCGAUGGUGGAGCCAAAUGGAAAGAUGGUAUGCUGGAGCGAGCGGCCCGUUCCUUCUACGAGCGUCAAGCCGUCAAUAUUCAACGCAUGGUCUACGGAGCUGAGGACCACGAACGUGCCAAUGAUUCUGCGGAUAGUGGGGAUGAAGAUGAUCUGUUCAAGGUAUGGUCGUGUUGGGCUCCGAUGCGUUUGGACAUCAAGCGGCCGGCACUGGAGAUCUCCGACAGCUCUCGUCCUGACGUUCUCCUGACCGUCGCCCAUGAUUGGUCUCAACCCGAGGUGUUGGCAAGCAUCCGAGACCGCUUCGUGACUGGCAAAUGGGACGCGUCAUCAGAUGCGGCAACCUUGCUCCGUCAUCACGAGGCUGCGCUAGCCGGCGAAAUGUCCGAGGAUGAGGAGGUCUAUGGCGAUUUUGAGGACCUCGAAACGGGCGAAAAGCAUGAAGGUUUGUUCUCUGAUGAUGGGGACAACGAGGAAGGACCGGCUGACGGUGAGGCAGCUGUGAAGAGCAAAAAGGACAUGUCAGCUACAGAACGCCGUGCGUUCAAGAAAGCCCGCAUGAAAGCCCUUUUCGACGACGAAUAUGACAAGGUGACGGGUGGCGGCAAGACGCAUUUUGAUGAGGUGAAGGAUGCUGUCGAGGAGCAGCUGCGCUUCAACGUGGAUGAGUUUGCGGAUGAUCCCGAGGAACUGCGCGUCCAGUAUGAGGGCUAUCGACCCGGCCUCUACGUGCGCAUUGUUCUCGAAGGCGUACCCUGCGAGCUCAUUGAACGCUUUGACCCCACCUACCCCGUCUUCUUGGGUGCUCUUUUGCCCAACGAGUCCGAGCUCGGCUUUGUUCAGCUCCGUUUCAAAAAGCAUCGGUGGCAUCCGCGCAUUCUCAAAACGCGCAACCCUGUCAUCAUGUCUCUCGGCUGGCGCCGGUUCGAGACCAUGCCAAUUUAUGCCAUCAUGGACGUUAACUUCCGCAACCGCAUGCUCAAGUAUACGCCUGAGCACAUGCACUGCGUGGCAGUCUUUUAUGGCCCCAUCACACCGCCCGGCACGGGUUGUCUGACGAUUCAGAGCGUCUCAUCGGUGAGCAACAACUUCCGCAUCACGGGCACGGGUGUCGUGGCUGAAUUGGACAAGACGUCGGACGUUGUGAAGAAACUCAAGCUCGUCGGCUACCCCAUGAAGAUCUUCAAAAACACUGCCUUUGUCCGGGACAUGUUCAACUCUUCCCUGGAGGUGGCAAAGUUUGAGGGCGCUUCACUUCGUACGGUGUCAGGCAUUCGUGGCCAGGUCAAGCGAGCACUCAAGGCACCAGAGGGCGCGUUUCGUGCAACGUUUGAGGACAAGAUCCUCAUGUCUGAUAUCAUCUUCAUGCGUACUUGGUACCCGGUCAAGCCACCCGAGUAUUACAACCCCGUCAUGUCUUUGCUGCUGGAAGAUAAAAAGGCGUGGACUGGCAUGAAGACCACGGGUCAAUUGCGUCUGCUGCACGACGUGCCCAUUCCUAAGAAUAAAAGCUCCGAAUACCGCCCCAUUGAGCGCCAGGAGCGCAAGUUCAAUGCAUUGCGCAUUCCCAAGUCCAUUGAGGCGAAUUUGCCGUACAAGAGCAAGCCAAAGGUGCGGUCACGCUUGAGUGCGGCUCGGCGUCGACCCAACUUGGAGCAACGUCGGGCCCUCAUUUCUGAGCCGCGCGACAAGAAACUGGCCCGCCUCAUGCAGCAAUUAAACACCAUCAACAAGGACAAGCAGCAAAAGCGCAACCAGGCUCAGGCUGCCCGCCGUGCGGAGUAUCUGAAGGCCAAGGCCAUCGAGGAGAACAAGUCAGCUCAGCGUCGCAAGGAAGCGCUCAAGCAAAUCUAUCGUUCUGAUGGAAAGGAGGAGAAGCGC